ACAUGAAGGUAGAAGAACAUAAUGUGUGUAUGUGACACAGGCAGGGUACUAAUCUCCAUACAUAUGGUUGAAAUACACAUGAACAUGUUCUACACAUGGUAGCCUAAGUAGGUAAGCAUGUCUAAAGAACGGGCUAUUAUUGACGUCAUGUAGGCUAGGCUAUAGUGCUACUGAAUACAUUCAAUAUAUUGUAGAGGUAAUUGUUAAAAUGUGUUUAGGCCCAAUCUAGUUGCUUAUCCAUACAGACUGAGGCCUAUAGCUGUAGACUUUUGCCUAGGUAGAGCUACAACAUUGUGGGGAGAUCACUUUCAUUCCCACUUUAUUCCGUUUCAGAUGGUUAGCAAAUUAGGGUUAUUUAAUGACACAGGCUAUAUCCUUUGGAAUUACUUGCUUUAUUGUCGGCAUGUAUCGAUUUCGUCUUCGAUAUGUUUUUUCAAUAUAAGGUGUGCUUGCUAACUAAAUUAAGAAUUCUAAUCGACAAAUCGAGUUUCCUCUUCAAAUCAACACUUUUAAACCAGCGGACCGGUCCGCGCCUUGCGCGUCAGCAGGCGACUGCACAGCACAUGUCUUGAUUCCCGAUUGAGAAAAGCAAAGUGGUUUGGUUUGGGUGGAUCCUGGAUGGAAGGAGGCGAUGGAAUGUGUGUUUGCCGUGGACAGUGCGUCUUCCUAUACGUCUUGUAAUGAUAACAGGACAAGCCACCUGAGACUCAACAUCAACGGCAUUGUGAGUCGCAGUGAUCAAAGACCUGGCCAUGAAUGAGGAGACCAGGACGUGUGACUGACCAAGGAAGCUUUGACAACACAACUUUAGACUAAAGAAAAAUGAUGUGUAUCCAGGGUGGAACUGACUGUUAGCCUGAUAACCAUCGCUAUGGCGUUUUGCAACGGCAGCCUGCUGGCUAGGUGUGCCCCCCUGAUGGAGCUGGAAGAAGAGGAAGGGGUGGUGAUUUCACCGCCGCCGCCUCCGCCGCCAGGGGUUGGGACUACUAGUCCCCUCAUGCCUGUCACCCUGCGUGUGACGCUGGCCGCUAUCAUGAUCUUCAUGAUCGCCAUUGGUUUCCUAGGCAACGCCAUUGUGUGUCUGAUCGUCUACCAGAAGCCCGCCAUGCGUUCUGCCAUCAACCUGCUCCUCGCUACGCUGGCAUUCUCUGACAUCAUGCUCUCGCUGCUCUGCAUGCCCUUCACCGCCGUCACCGUGGCUACCGCCGACUGGCGCUUCGGGGGCGGGUUCUGCCGUGCUUCCGUCAUGCUCUAUUGGCUCUUUGUCCUGGAGGGUGUGUCCAUCCUCCUCAUCAUCAGCGUAGACCGUUUCCUCAUUAUCGUUCAGCGGCAGGACAAGCUGACUCCACACCGUGCCAAGCUGCUCAUCGGCGCUUCCUGGGCGCUGUCCCUCUGCGUGGCGCUCCCGUCCGUGAUCGGCUGGCGGGCGGGCGCGGCGGGUGUGACGGGCAUUGGGGGGGCCUGGGCACCACAGUGCGUGCUGGGCUACAGUGAGUCGCUGGCCGACCGCUGCUACACGGUGCUGCUGGCAGUGGCUGUAUUCUUUGUGCCGUUCGGCAUCAUGCUCUACUCCUACCUGUGCAUCCUUAACACGGUCCGACGCAACGCCCUGCGCAUCCACAACCACACCUCCGACCAGGCCAGCCUCCCGGUCCUCAACCAGGUCAGCAAGCUGGGCCUGACUGGCCUGCAACGUCCCCCGCAGGUCAAUGUGGACAUGAGCUUCAAGACACGGGCCUUCACCACCAUCCUCAUCCUCUUCAUCGGCUUCUCUGUGUGCUGGCUGCCCCACACAGUGGUCAGUUUGCUGGCCGUGUUCAGCCGGAGGUUCUACUUCAGCCCUGCCUUCUAUCCGGUCAGUGUGGGGGCUCUGUGGCUCAGCUAUCUGAAGACCGUGUUUAACCCAGUCAUCUACUGCUGGAGGAUCAGGAAGUUCCGGGAGGCGUGUCUGGAGUUCAUGCCCAAGAGCUGCAGGCUGUGUCCCAGGGUGCCGGGCCGGAGCCACAGGAGGGUGAGACCCAGUAACAUCUACGUGUGCAGUGAGACCCAGUCGGCUGUGUGACAGUAACAUCUACGUGUGCAGUGAGACCCAGUUGGCUGUGUGACAGUAACAUCUACGUGUACAGUGAGACCCAGUCGGCUGUGUGACAGUAACAUCUACGUGUGCAGUGAGACCCAGUCGGCUGUGUGACAGUAACAUCUACGUGUGCAGUGAGACCCAGUCGGCUGUGUGGAACUAACGGUCACUCUGAGGACAUGCCAUGGUAACCGUGGAAAGCAGUGGUCACCAACUCUGGUCUUGAAGCUACAGGGCGCUCCACUGAUGUAAAGGACAUGCUAUACUCUAUACGAUUUGUUAAGACAUCAACAUUUCAACAGUAUAGACGGCUUGCUGCUGAAACAUUGCUGUCUUUUAACAAAUGAUUUGCAUUUGCGCAAUAGUGGCGAGGACAGUACAUUCUUGUGUUUUGUCUAAAGUGCUGUGGACACUGGACAGCCAUGAACAGAGCCACUCAAAAGUCUUUGUGUGACUGUCUUUAUUUCCCUUCUCCUAAAAAAAGACCUGAAGAGAAAUGAUGUACAACUGGGAACAGUGUUUUCUAAUUAACCAUUUCCAUGGUGUUUGUAUAAUUGGCUGAGUACUGUUGGUGAUCGUUUACCCAGAUGGUUGUUGUAUAUGUCUAAUUAUACUGUAUGUAAAUGAAAACGUUGGAUAAAAUUGUAAAGAAAUGUUGAUCAGUAUAAAAGUGUUUCUGUGAAUGAAUAAUUGAUUAACUGAAUGAACUAACAAUCCAAUUAACAGGUGUGUUGACGUCAUCAACUAUGCAUAUGUAGCCUAUAGACUGAGUAGAAAUUAAAGAUAACAAAUCAUGUUAAACACAGUUAUACGUUGUCUACAUACACUGUAAUAGGCGAGCAUUGUACCUUAAACCUAAUACUGGAACUAAAAUAUAUGUUGGGCCAUGCUGGUUGACUUUGGUAGAACAUGUUGUCGAACACACACCACGUACAGCCAUCCCCUGCCUCUACAAUGUCAAUACAAUGGUUGUGUUGCUGGGAUACUAAAGACCUCUAUUGGUUGUCGGAUGCGGAGUGCAUUUAUGUGUGGAAGACCCAUAUCUUCCACAGCAGAACACACAGUCUGUGUUUUAGGUAAUGCAUCUCCAUAUGUACCGUGGUUAAACAGUUUACUGAGAGAAGUUCAAAUCUAGGGCACACCAUGUCAACUCAUACACUUUGCGUACGGUGUGAUUAUCUCAAUUCUACUGCUUGAAUGAACAAAGAAAGAUGUGUACUAUGUACACAUCGAUGCCCAGGUAGAAGUGACCUUUAGACACAGAUCUAGCAUAAGUUUGCCUUACCCUAUCUCCUAAUAACCUUAGGCAAGACCUAAAUAUAUCACAAAACAGGCUUUAGAUUUAAGGGACAGGCAAAGGUUGCUUCCUUUUCUCAGCACACUGAGCUGCAAGAACUAACAGAGAAAACAUCCCUACAGAUCCUUUUUAUGCAACAUGAAAAUAAAGUAUCUACAUUAAGUGUAUCACUGGCUUACUUAAAAUGAAUGAUACAUAGACAUAAGGAGAGGAAGCCAUUAUAAUUGAUUGAGACGUAGCCCAUUUGAGCCCUACUUUGAUGAUGCAUCUGAUUGAUGGGACAGAUGAAAUACGUCACAACCAGUCGUAGAGGAUGCUGGGGCGAGAGGGCAAAGAUGGCGCGCUCCACUAACAUGGGACGUGAAGGGAAAGACACAUCUCAGGAUAGAGGCGCUUCUAACGCAGAUCUCUUACUACACCCCGAGCUCCUGUCUCAUGAGUUUAUCCAGUUGGUUCUGAAUGAG